UAGGGAACUUUUCAUUGGGUUUUCCAGUUGACCGAUCGUUGCUACGAUGAGAUUGGUCUGGAUAUUGAUGUCCUUGCAGCUUAUGCUCCUGGCAACUGCUCUCAGUGCCAGACAAUGUGUGACGCCGACUGCUACGCCAACACCUUCAGAGGAUCCCGACGAACCCACUGACGAUCCAUGGGAUCCCACAGAUGAUUCAUCUGAAGAUCCCUCGGAUCCAACUGAUGAGCCCUCGGAUCCAACCGGAAUAUCAACUGAAAGGCCUUCCACUACCUCAACCCCUGAAAAUCCUUCGGAUCCCACGGAUCAACCAACUGGAGAAACAUCUAAUCCCUCCGAUCCCACCGAAAACCCAUCAGAGCCAACGGGAGAACCCAGUGAAGAACCAUCCUCCCCAACCGGUCAAACCCCUGAAAAUCCCACUGAUUCCCCUACUCUACCAACUGAAGAACCAUCAGAAGAACCUAACGAUCCGACGGGGGUAACAACUGACGUUCCCUUGGAUCCAACUGGAGAGUCAUCCAGUCCCUCAGAGAAACCAACUGAAGAUCCCACAAAUCAAAGUGAACCAACGAAUGCCACAACCCAGACUACGCCCGGUGUAAAUGCAGAUGCCUCGUGCAGGACUCAUCAGGGAGUCCAGUUCCUGCCACAUCCGUACGAUUGUCAUCUAUACAUUCACUGCGAUGGCGACGUGGGCUACGUCCGGGAUUGUCCGAGUGAUCUGUUCUGGAAUUCAAUCGAACAGACUUGCGACAAGACCUGCGCCUAGAGAAAUAUAGAACUUAGAAUAGCAUGCUCUCAAAAA